AUGGCGGCCCCUCAUAUCUCGCCGAUGUCCAAGUAUAAGCUGGUGUUCCUGGGAGAUCAGUCGGUGGGCAAGACGGGCAUCAUCACGCGGUUCAUGUACGACAAGUUCGACAGCGCCUACCAGGCCACAAUCGGCAUAGACUUCCUCUCCAAGACCAUGUACCUCGAGGACCGGACGGUCCGGCUCCAGCUCUGGGACACCGCUGGCCAGGAAAGGUUCCGCUCGCUUAUACCGUCCUACAUCCGCGACUCCUCCGUCGCGGUCGUCGUUUACGACAUCUCGAGCAAGCAGUCUUUCCUGAACACCACGCGGUGGGUCGAGGAGGUCCGGGCGGAGCGUGGCUCCGAUGUGUUGGUGGUGCUGGUAGGCAACAAGACUGACCUGAUGGACAGCCGGCAGGUGACGGGCGAGGAGGGCGAGGCGCGCGCGAAGGAGCUCGGCGCGAUGUUCCUCGAGACGAGCGCGAAGGCGGGCUUCAACAUCAAGGCCUUGUUCCGCAAGAUAGCGGCGGCGCUGCCGGGCGCGGAGGGGUCGGCGGACGCGGGCGGGUCGCGGGACCAGGCGGGGCGGAUGGUCGACGUGAACCUCACGGCGGGGGGCGGCGCGGGCAGGAUCGCGGGGAGCGCGCUCGGGCAGGGCGGGCAGCCACAGGCGGGCUGGUCGUGUUGUGGGGGGGGGUGA